GAAGAGCACACAAAAUCAAUCUAAUGGCUCUUUCUACUUACAUUCCGGCCUAUCAUCAUCUCCUCUUUCUCUUUCUCAUUUUCCUCCAUGCCCAGCCCUGUCCAGCCGCAGGUCAGGUGGAUCUUGGUCCAUCCUCCUGCCAAGCAUAGGCAUCUCCGCCAUGCACAUGCAACUACUUCCCAACGAUCGUGUGGUCAUGUAUGACCGCACUGACUUUGGAACAUCAAAUAUCUCUCUUCCAGAAGGCAAAUGCCGUCCCAACUCAACUGACUGCUCCGCGCAUUCUGUCGAGUACGAUGUUGCAUUGAAUUCCGUCCGCCCACUCAUGGUGCUCACAAACGUGUGGUGUUCCUCAGGAACUUUAAUGCGAGAUGGAAGCUUAGUCCAAACCGGUGGUUUUGAUGAUGGUUAUCGUGUUGUCCGAACUUACAAAUCAUGUGAUACAUGCGAUUGGCAAGAGAAGCCAAAUGGCUUGAGUAAAUCAAGAUGGUACGCAAGCAAUCAUUUAUUGCCUGAUGGAAGGCAAAUCAUCAUUGGUGGCCGUAAAGCGUUUAACUAUGAGUUCUAUCCGAAAAUGUCUACAAGUGAGAGCACUCCUAGUUUGCCUUUUUUGGUUGAAACAAAUGAUCCUCAAGCUGAGAAUAACUUAUAUCCAUUUGUAUUUCUCUUUCCUGAUGGCAAUCUCUUCAUUUUUGCCAACAAUCGUGCUAUUUUGUUUGACUACUCAAAGAACCUUGUUCUGAAGACAUACCCAACAAUGCCCGGUGGUCAACCACGGAGUUACCCAAGCACGGGAUCCGCGGUACUACUCCCUUUACGGAUAAAAGGUGAAACCGUAAAUGAGGUUGAAGUGUUGGUUUGUGGAGGUGCACCAAAAGGAGCAUUUGCUAAUGCGAAUAAGGGGAUAUUUGAUGGGGCAUUGGACACUUGCGGGCGGAUCAAAAUAUCUGACCCUAACCCCCAAUGGUUCAUGGAGACCAUGCCUCUGGCUCGCGUCAUGGGUGACAUGUUGUUGCUACCCAAUGGCCAUGUUUUGAUCAUCAAUGGAGCAUCAGCAGGGGUUGCCGGGUGGGAACUUGGGAGGAACCCAGUUCUAAGCCCAGUAGCAUACCGACCUGAUAACCAAGUAGGCUCUCGAUUUGAGGUGCAAAAUCCAAGCACCAUUCCUAGAGUUUACCAUUCCACAACAGUUCUUUUACGAGACGGACGUGUUCUUGUUGGUGGAAGUAAUCCUCAUGAUAAAUAUGAAUUUUCAAACGUCCUUUACCCAACUGAACUUAGCUUGGAGACGUUCUCUCCUUCUUACUUGGAUUCAAACUCUUCUGGAUUACGCCCGAAAAUAAUCUUGCCUGUAACAAACAGUAGAAUCCGAUAUGGCAAACAAUUGGUUGUUGUGUUUACUGUUUCGGGCGUUGUGGAUCUAAGCUCCGUCUCUGUAACAAUGGUGGCACCUUCAUUCAACACACAUUCCUUUUCAAUGAACCAAAGGUUGCUGGUACUCGAUGGUGGAGCUGCUUCCAAGAUUAUUGGGAGGUCAAGAUACCAGGUUGUUGUAAGGGCUCCACCCUCUGGUAACAUUGCUCCGGCAGGGAACUAUCUUAUGUUUGUGGUUCACAAAGAGAUCCCGAGUCCUGGCAUUUGGGUUCAAAUGCAAUGAAAAUUCUUCAGGACGUUAUCACUAGUGUUUUGGUGUGGUCGUCAUAUUUUAUUUUAUCUCAUUUAUUUAAGGGAUUUGUAAAUUGUAAUAUGUAAACAUGAUGCUCGGUUUGAUUAAAUGAUUAUAUACGUCCUUUUCAGGUA